CCCAAGUGCGCAAAGUGCGACCAGUGCGCGCUCUCGCUGCGAAGCCAUUGCGCAGUACAUCGCUCUGAAUCACGCGCCGGCUGUGCGCCCAAGCUUUGCGGCCAAAAAGCUGGUUUACAGGCAGGAAUGGUGCGCUUUGCCGUGCUGCUCCUCACCGCAGCGCGCGCGCUGCAGUUGCCCACGGUGCCGCCUCGACGGAGCGUCGUCGUUGCUGCGGCGCCGGGCGAGCCGCUGUUUCUCUGCGAGGAGCACGUGGCGAUCGCGCUCGACGAGUGCAAACGGGAGUACGACGCCGUGUUCUACCAGGACGAAUCUUUGAAGAUGAGCGGUGACGUGCGCUGCGCGGGCAUCGACGGCUGCGACGUGACGCUGCGACUGGUCGGGAUGUUUUGGCACUCGCGGCGCGUAGUCUACGAUCUCGCGGCGAACUACCUGCAAGCGCGAAUCCCCGAAAUAGCGGACGUCGUGCCGUUUUCCGACGCGAAUCUCGACGACGCGCGAACCCAGGCACCCGACUUCAACGGCGAUCGCCAGGAGAUCGAGCGCCUCGGCCACGAGCCAUGGGACGCCGUCACGAUCCGGCAUAGGCCGGGACUGACGUUCACGGGGUAUAAUGUGUACUAGUGGUAGUGGCUUUUAUU